UCCAGAUGCUGUAYAAGCUGAAGACGUCRAAGGUGUUUGAGAACCCCGAUGCGGGUGAAGGCCGGGCAGUCGAGCUGGUAGAGGAGGACCCGUACGCCAUUCAGAUGGUCAGCUGGUGCCCACAUAGCCGUCUCUUCUGUGUGGUGGGCAUCUCUGCCCACGUCAUCCUCUACCGCUUCAGCAAACACGACGCCAACACAGAGAUAGUGUCACUAGAAGUGCGUCCGCAGUUUGAUUCGGAGGACGUCAUCUCCCCAUCAGAGACAGAGAACAACCCCAGUUCCCACUCCCCCCAGAUGCCCGGUAGCCCCGGCAACGGCUCACAAGACAGCCUCCACUACCUCAAGGUGAAGAGUCGUCCAGUGCAGAUGCCCCCGGGAUACCAGGCUGAGUUGGUGGUGCAGCUGCAGUGGGURGAURGAGARYCCCCCCAGCAGAUCACCAGCCUGGACAUCAACUCUGCCUAUGGCCUGUGA